AUGGAUAACUAAUUUGAACUUGAAUAAGUCAAUAGGUAAUUAGAUAUAAUAAAUAAAUAGUAAAUCUGAAAUUAUUCUUGAAAAAUGUCUUACAAUGAUGCGACCUGAAGGAUUAGAAUAGUUUCAUUUUCGAAUUGAAGAACAAUUUUAUAAAGUCAAAGUAAACAGUUAUAGUUUAUUUAAAUUGUAGUAAAAUAAAGUACUUUUGAUUCAUGAAAAAGAGGGAGAUGAUUUAUAGACAAUGAUUGCAUAUUGGAUUCAAGAACAUUAAUAAAGAAAUGUAAGCAUUAUUUAAGAAUAAAGAGAGAUUUAAUUAUCCCAUAUUUUGUUGAGCAUGAGAACUAAAAUCAUUAUUAUGCUAUAUAUUACAUUUUAACUAAAUUACGAGUAUUUAUAAUGAAUAUAUAGGCUGUUUUUAAUAUUACAUAAAAAGUUGAAUUAGAGAGUGAGAAAUUAAAAUAAUAUUUUGAAUAUUGGUUGAAUUUAUGUUCAAGAGAACUUGGUAAUCAAUUAUACAGUGAUUGUAAAGUAGCAUACAAACGAGUAUAUUAUAUAGUAUUAUUGAGGGUCAUUAUUGUAAUUCAAGGCAUAGAUAAAUAUUAUAGUGGUGGUGAAGUUCGUGUAUCAUCUUGGUUACCUAAAAUAUUACCUGAUAAUAUUAAACUUAUUGCAUCUGCUAGAUUUGGUAGUAAAGCUUAUGAAUAUUAUUAAUCUAUUGGAAAUCCCAUCAUUCCUAUGUAAAUAUUAAAUAUAUUAUUCAAGUGAAAAUGAAAGUACUGAAAUUUGGAAUCUUAUAAAGAAUAAUUUACCUAUAAAUAAUGCUAUAAUGCAUAUUCCUGAAUAAUUACGUUCCCAAUUACAUUUUCUCAAAAUAUUUUAUAAUAUCCUCAGUAAUCCACUUGAUGAAUAUUCAUAAUUAAUUUUGGAUGUUUUAUCAUAAGCAGAAAGUAUUAAUUAAAUAAUUAAUAGAAUUUCAAACUGAAGUUGAAUUCUUUAUUAUUCUUGUGAAUUAGUUUUGCAUCCAUGAUUAAAUUGCUUCUUCUAUUUUUUGUGUUCUUUCAUAUGUUAAUAAAGGUAUCUCAAUAGAUGAAAUGACAGCUAGUUGUUCAUGCACUCAAGAAUAAUUCAUUAAAGUUUAUGAUUUUUUCAAGGUAAAUGAAUGAAACAUAAUUAUAUAGAUCUGUUUCCUAGAGAAGAAUCAAGUCUAUUCUAUAUAUAUACUUACUAUGAAAUAAGCAAUCUAAUAAAUCUAAUUUAAUAAAAACCUUUAUGAAUAAUACUUAUUAAUUAUUGAACAUUCAACUAAUUCUACUAGAAAAUUAGAAGAACUUAUUUAAUAAUAUACUAAAAAUAAAAAGUACUUUAAACUCAAAGAAAUAAUUAUUAAUAUUGAACAUUUCCUUAUUCUUUGGAAUCCUUAUAAUAAAUUUGAAUUAUGUUAAUUAUGGGAUAUGCUUGAAUAAAAUGGAUAUGAUUUAGUUAUGGAAUAUAAUAAAGCAGUAGAGAAUUUCUAAGCCAUUUAUAAACCAUCAGCAGAAGGAUUAUUUUUUAUUAUGUUAUAAAUAUGCAUAUUUCUAAGAGAAUUCUCCAAUUUUGAGAAGUAAUAUUAAUUUCACUAUUUAAUAGAGAAGGCACUCCUGCUUAUAAACAUCCAUUAUUAAGAGGUUAAUCUAUAGAAUUUGAAGAAGUAGGAUUAUAUGGUGAGUUAAGUUAAUUGAAAAUGUUAGCUAAGAAAAAACCAAAGUAAUAAUUGAAUGAAGAUUAUUUUCCAACUAUAAUGAGUACUGUCUAAUUAGAGAAUCUUAAUUUAGAUAUUAAAAAUAAUAGAGAUAGUUUUAUUGCUUAUUAUCAAUCAUAAUUUGAUUCAAACAUUUUACAAGAAUAUUUAUAAACUAAAUAAGAUUUUUUAAGAGAGAAAUUAUUAUCUACUUCUAAAGUUCCAAAUCCUUAUUAUUAUAAGAGAUGGUUAUGGGUGUAAUUUCCAUGGCUAGCAUUAACAUAAAAAAACAAUUUCUCUAAACUUAUGUAAUUUUAUGGAAAAGAUUCUACUUAAUAUAUGUCCAUUUAAGAAGAAAUAUAAAUUAAUUAAAAGGCUAUUCGAUUAGUUAUUAAUGCUAAGAGUUCUAAGGAUAAAUCCAUUAAUAAAUUACCAGAAAUUAGACAAAGAUAUUAUAGUCCUAUGGUAAAUAAGGAUGAACCUAUGAGGAGAUUAAAUUAGUCUUUAGAAAAAAGUAUUGAUAGAGCACCUUCAACAAGUAGAAGAGAAUUGCCUGAGAAUAAAAAGAAAGUGUUAUUUAUUAAGAAAUAUAAUUAAUUAUAGUAUUAGAAGUAAGAAUAUUAAUUAAGAUUUUAGUUAAUAAUUAAAGAAUAAAUUAAAGGAAUUAUAAACAAUUAAAUAGAAUUUAUAUCCUUAAGAAGCUACGAUUGAAGCUUAUCGAUUAAAUGACUUAACUAAGACAUAGGGAGAUGAUUUAAAGAAAUAAAUGGACAAUUUAUAAGGAGUUUAAAAUGAAAUGAAAAGAAUGUAAACAGUGUUAAAAUUAUGUUAAUUUAAUUAAGAUUAAAAUGAAGAGAGAGUAUAGUAAUUAUUUAGACAUUGUAAAAAUUUGGAUAGGAUAAUUAAUGAAUAUAAAUAAAUAAUAAAAGAAUUAAGUGAGAAAUUAAGCGUAUAUAAAUAAAAGAGUAAAAUAGAACCUAUUAAAUAAUAAAAAUAACCUAUUUAAAAAUAAUUAAUGACUAUGAAAGAUUUGAGUUUAGUUAGUUAAAGAAAUAUGACUACAAAUGGAAAUAUUAAUUUCAACUUUAAUACUGAUUAUAAGGUUAAGGUAACAUUUGAUACAUAAGAUAAUAAUAGUAAGAAUUUAAGACAUCAAUAUUCAAUUAAUAAUAAUUUAUAAUAAUAAGAUAAAUUACGUGAAACAUAGACAAGACUUAUGUUGGAAUAAAUGCCAUCUAAUAGAAUGAUUACUCCUGGAUAUAGAUUAUCAUUAAAACCAAAAGGAGAUGUAAGUGAUUAAAUAGAUUCACAUAUUUUAGAAUAGAUUAGAUAACUUAAUUUUUUAGGAAUUGCUAAUACUUAUAAUAAUCCAAAAUUUGAUGAUUUUUUAAAUCAUUUAACAAAAUGUAAUGAAUUAAAUUUAGAAGUAUAAGAAUGUUCAAUUAAAUUAAAUGAAGUUAAAAUUAAGAAAUAAGAAAAAUAAACAUUUUUGAAAGUAUGAAAUAAAUACUUAUAUUAAUAGAUAUUAUAAAAAAAUGAGAAACCAUAAGAUGUAAAAGCUGAAUAAUUCAUAUCAUCUGAUGAUGUAGAUAAAUUAAGAAGAGCAAAUGAUGCUAAAACAAUUACUUUAAAGAAAUUAAAAUAAAAUAAGGCAGUGUAUGACUUUUUCCGUAAUAAUCUAUAUAAAGAUGUUAAUGCUUUCAUUCCAAUCAAAGAUAACUUAACAAUAACCUAAAUGUUUAGUGUGA